AUGAUGUACCAGCACCAGCCACAUCCACAUCCUCAUCAACUUUCACAAAAUACUGAAAAUACAUCUCCCUCCACAACUACAUGGAAUCCAGCUAUUGUUGCUGCUGCAGCUGCAGUUAAUAUUGCAAGUUCUAGUUCAGGAAACAUGACAAAUGACGAAAUUAGAGAUAAUACUGGUAAUUCGUCGUCAAUUUCAUCACCAUAUUGGAAUUCAAGUGGUAUGAAUAAUAAUUCAGGUAUAAAUACUACCUCCACAAAUCACAAUAACACUUCUUCCAAUAAUAAUCUUAUGAAUAAUAGUUCUCUGUCAAAUGUUAUGGAUCCAAUGAAGACAUUUUAUGAUCCAUCAAAUUUUUUGUAUUCCCAAAAUUAUAUGAAAAAUGUAUUUGGGGCAGCUGCUGUCCAGUGGGCUUCUGAUGCUGCUUCGAAUGCCACAGCAUUCCAAGGAUAUAAUCAUAAUUUCGGAUCCUCAACAUCCCAACAUAAUCCUUUUUCAUCAUCUCUUGGUAUAGAUACAUGUUCAUCAUCACAACAAUUAUCAAAUCAACCAGUAUUUCCAUGGAUGAAGAUGAAUGUGGUUGGUUCAAAAGGAAAUGAAAAUAAAAGAACUCGGCAGACGUAUUCUAGGAAUCAGACAUUAGAACUUGAAAAAGAAUUUCAUUUUAAUAAAUAUUUGACAAGAAAAAGGAGACAAGAAAUUUCAGAAUCAUUAGCAUUAACAGAAAGACAAGUUAAAAUUUGGUUUCAAAAUAGAAGAAUGAAACAUAAAAAAGAAAGUAAAGGAGAUGGAUGUAAUGGUAAUGAUUCUGGUGAAGAAGAUUCCGGUAAUGAGUAA